AGCACCUCUGUCGCGGUGCUUGCAGGCGGAGGGUUCCCGGGUUACUGUUCCCGAUCCUCACUGCCAGGUGCUGGGCGGGGUACGGGAGCCGUGUCGCCUCGCUGGCACCUUCUAGACUGCCUUCUGAGGCCUUGAGCGCGGCUCCAUCUGGCGCCUCUCUGCGUCCCUCCGCGACCCUAGCGCCGAAUAUCCCUCCAGCCAACUGCCGGCGGGUCCAGGCCCCAUUGUCCCUUUCCCCACCGCGGACACAGGCCCCUUAAGGGCCAGCCCUCCCCACUUCCCUUCCCAGGCAGGGCCACCAACGCUUCCAGCUGCCGCUCUUCUAUCUAGUCCGUGGAGGUGGUUGGUUGCCAUGGUGAAGCUGGCAGCGAAAUGCAUCCUGGCAGGAGACCCAACCGUGGGCAAGACCGCCCUGGCGCAGAUUUUCCGCAGCGAUGGAGCCCAUUUCCAGAAGAACUACACCCUGACAACCGGGGUGGAUUUGGUGGUGAAGACGGUGCCAGUCCCUGACACUGUGGACAGUGUGGAACUCUUUAUUCUUGACUCUGCCGGCAAGGAGCUGUUUUCUGAAAUGCUGGAUAAAUUGUGGGAAAGUCCUAACGUCUUGUGUCUCGUCUAUGAUGUGACCAGCGAGCAGUCCUUCACCAACUGCAGCAAAUGGCUGGAGAAGGCUCGGUCCCAGAUCCCAGGCACCGUCCUUCCAGGUGUGCUGGUGGGGAACAAGACAGACCUGGCCGGCAGGCGAGUGGUGGAGUCAGCGCAGGCCCGGGCGUGGGCACUGGGCCAAGGCCUGGAAUAUUUUGAAACGUCCGUGAAGGAGAUGGAAAACUACGAAGCGCCCUUCCACUGCCUGGCCAAGCAGUUCCACCACCUGUACCGGGAGAAGCUGGAGGUUUUCCACGCACUGGUCUGAGGGGCUGGCUAGACCGCCCAGUGCUGCUGGGAACCCGGCAUGGGCUCCGUCUCCUUGGAAGAUGGAGUUGCCUGGGCACUUCCAAUCUAUCGGGACAGCUUUAAAUAAAAUCAGGAGAAAAUGCAGAA